AUGCGCUUCUCAACCUUCCUGCUAAUGCUAUGCAGCCUGCUCAACAUGAAAGGCUUCCUUCAAAAGGCCAAAGCUGAGCUCAAGAGCGUCACACAACGUGACAACACUGUAGACUUUCCUGGUGGCCAACGAUAUGGAAAUGGCGUAUCGUAUCCCCAGCAACAGGAGCAUCAAGACUCCGAUAGCUUGCAACAUCGCCAACCACGCGGAAUACGUGAGCCAAGUCGCCUCGACAUUCUUCGCUACCGAUACCAUUACGGCACCAAUCUAGGCUCUGUCUACGUCAUCGAACGUUGGUUACAACCGUCUCGGUUCCCCGACGGUGCCGAAGGCUCAAGCGAACUGGCUGCUGUUCAAGCAUGGGUGAGCAUAAUAGGUAUCGAGGCCACGAAGCAGAAGUUUGAAGAGCAAUGGGCGAAUUCGAUACCUGAGGAAGCACUUGAAUGGCUCACCAACGUAGCCAAGGUCACAACGGUCCGUUUGCCCAUCGGCUAUUAUGACUUACCCGGCAUGGAGUUCACUCAAGGUACACCAUUCGAGCCAUACGCCUAUGUCUACAGCGAAGCAUGGAACAGUAUUCGUACGUUGAUCGCUCGACUGCGAGCUCGCUCUAUCGGCGUGCUGAUUGACUUGCAUGCCCUGCCUGGAGGCGCAAACGCUCAGGAGCACUCAGGUACCAACAGCGGUCGAGCUGAAUUCUGGAACAGUCCUUUUAAUCGUGCUCUUGGAGUGCGCUGCUGUCAAUUUAUUGCCGAGGAUUCAAGACAGGGUCUCGACAUUGCUGGCAUACAGUUGGUCAAUGAAGCAAUAGGGGAUGCUGAAAAUAUGUAUCAAUGGUACGACGAGGCCAUUGCAAAUAUAUCCUCGAUUGAUCCAAGUAUACCCGUUGUUAUCUCAGAUGCCUGGAACUUGGAUCAUGCUAUCGACUACUCAUUCAAGAAAAACACAAUCGAUCAGCUAUCAAGUCCAGUGGUCGUGGAUACGCAUUGUUACUGGGCGUUCACGGAUGGCGAUAAAGCCAAGAGUCCACAGCAAAUCAUUGGUGAAGCUGGCCAGAGACUUUCGCAACUCGACGGUAAGGAAGGUUCUGUCCACGAUCGCGGUGCUGUGCAGGCAAUCAUUGGCGAAUACUCGUGUGUGAUGAGCGAAAACUCUUGGAACAAGUCGGGCGGCAUACCGAAGGAAGAGCUCGUAAAGCAGUUCGGUCAUGUGCAAUGUAUGAGAUACCAGCAGAGAGCAGGCGGAAGCUACUUUUGGAACUGGAAAAUGGAUUGGAUGCCGGGCGGAGAGUGGGGCUUCGUUGCGCAAUCCAAUGCUGGGAAUAUUGUACCACCUCAGCUUUCUACGCUAUCUACAGAAGACAAGCAGCGCUUGCUGCACAAAGCCAGGCACGAGUUUCGCGAUCGGAGACACGAAGCGCUACAACAACAUGUCGCCUAUUGGAAGCGCACCGAUGCUAACGGCCAUUAUGAGCACAGAAAUUACGACGAUGGCUGGAAGAUCGGAUAUCAGGAUGCUCUCACAUUCUUAGAGGGGCGGGCCACGCAAGGCGACAAGAUUGGGAUGCUGGAACUGUGGGUACUCAAACGAAUCCGUGAAAGCGGCCUUGGAGGUGAUGUUGCCUGGCUGUUCGAGCAAGGCAUGAGGAAGGGUAUCCUGGACUUUUAUGCAGCCAUUGGUUUAUGA